CAUCAUCAUCUUCUUCAACCGAAAUCAAAACUUCUAAACCCUCUCUGAACCCUAUCUGUAAUUUCCUCACACAAAAACCAUGGCACUCUCCAAAGCUACAUUCCUCACUCAACUCAAAACCAUCGCACAACCUCACAGACAUAUCCGAAUCCGACAACCUUCUUCUCUCCUCCCACGUUUCCUCUCCUUCGCCUCUCCUGAAGAAGCCGCCGCCGAACGCCGCCGUCGUAAGCGACAAAUCCGAAUGGAACCACCUCUCUCCCCUCUUAACCGCAACCAACAACAAUCACCUAAUCCAAACCCUAAAUCACAAUCACCACCUUAUUAUCAUAAUCCCAGUAACCCUAAACUUCCCGAACACGCUUCCGCUUUAACCGGUAACCGUCUCAACCUUCAUAACCAUAUCUUAACCCUAAUUCGUCAAAAUGAUCUCGAUGAAGCUGCACUGUACACGCGCCACUCCAUUUAUUCAAAUUGCCGUCCUACUAUUUUCACCAUCAAUGCUGUUCUCUAUGCUCUCCUCCGUCAGUCUCGAUAUUCCGACCUCCUGUCACUCCACCGUUUCAUUCAACAAGCAGGUGUUAUUCCUAAUAUCAUUACUCACAAUUUAAUCUUUCAGACUUAUCUUGAUUGUCGUAAGCCGGAUAUUGCUCUUGAGCAAUUUAAACAGUUUAUCAAUGAUGCUCCGGUUAACCCUUCUUCGACCACUUUUCGCAUUGUUGUGAAGGGUUUGGUUGAUAACAAUAAGGUUGAUCGUGCUAUUGAUAUUAAGGAUCAAAUGGAUGCUAAAGGUUUUGCUCCUGAUCCUCUUGUUUAUCAUUAUUUGAUGUUGGGUUAUGCUAGGAAUUCUGAUGGGGAUGCUGUUUUAAGGUUGUAUGAGGAUUUGAAAGGGAAGUUGGGCGGUGUUGUGGAAGAUGGGGUUGUUUUAGGGAGUUUGAUGAAGGGGUAUUUUAUUAAGGGAAUGGAGAAUGAGGCUAUGGAGUGUUAUCAAGAGGUGUUUGUAGAGGGAAAGAAGAUGAGCGACAUUGCUUAUAGUUCGGUGCUUGAUGCUCUUGCCAAGAACGGAAAGUUUAAUGAGGCAUUGAAGUUGUUCGAUAGGAUGAUCAAGGAGCAUAAUCCUCCCGCCAAGUUGGUUGUUAAUUUGGGAAGCUUUAAUGUCAUGGUGGAUGGUUAUUGUGCUGAGGGAAGAUUCAAGGAGGCAAUUCAGGUUUUCAGGAGCAUUGGUGAGUAUCGUUGUAGGCCGGAUACAUUAUCCUUUAAUAACUUGAUUGAACAGUUGUGUAAUAAUGGGAUGAUUUUGGAAGCUGAGGAGGUUUAUGGAGAAAUGGAGGGUAAAGGGGUGAACCCUGAUGAGUAUACAUAUGGCUUGUUGAUGGAUACUUGUUUCAAAGAGAACCGGCCUGAUGAUGCUGCUGGCUAUUUUAGAAAAAUGGUGGAAUCAGGCUUGAGGCCUAACUUGGCUGUUUACAAUAGAUUGGUUGAUGGGUUGGUUAAAGUUGGGAAGAUUGAUGAUGCCAAGGCUUUCUUUGACCUAAUGGUGAAGAAGCUCAAGAUGGAUGUUGCUAGCUAUCAGUUCAUGAUGAAGGUGUUGAGCGAGGCGGGACGGUUGGAUGAUGUGCUUCAGAUUGUUGAUAUGUUGUUGGAUGACAAUGGUGUUGACUUUGAUGAGGAAUUCCAAGAGUUUGUUAAGGUGGAAUUGAGAAAAGAAGGGAGAGAAGAGGACUUGACCAAACUGAUGGAGGAGAAGGAAAGGUUGAAAGCUGAAGCUAAGGCUAAGGAGGCUGAGGCAACAGAAGCUGCUAAAAGAAGAAUAGGAUCUGGAUUUUUAUUAACUUCCAAGUUGUUUGGGAAUAAGGAAACUGAGCCAGAGAGCGCUGUUGCCACUCCUGCUGAAUCGCCAGAGAGUGCUGUUGCCACUCAUGCUGAAUCGUCGGAGAGCACUGUUGCCACUGGUACUGUAUCAGAGUUGGCAGAAGCUGACGGUUCAGACGAAGGAGAGGCUAAAAAUGAUAGAGCAAGUGAACAGCUAACAGGUUGAAGGUUGCCAUUUUGUGGUGCUUUGAUGAGGAUGUAUAAUAAAUUAUUGAUGCCUUGAUGAGGAAGUAUAAUGCUAGGAUUUCUUUUACAAAAUUGCUUUGGAUCAUCAUCAUUUGUUACCAAAUUUUCUAAUCAAUGUACAUGUAAUUAUUAUAUUUGUUGGAAAGGAUUGGGCAAUUUAUGAUUUCCCCAUUUUAUGCUAUUUUACUAUUGAGCUAUUGAGUAUUGUAUUGGA